UGUAUGUGCAGACGCAGCCAAUCUCUUCCUCAUGACGCCACCGAGGCUGGGCUCAGAGGGCUUGGAUCAUAAUAUUUAACACACCCACCCUGGAUGAACACUUGGAAGGAAGACAAGGCAGUGUUAAGGGGGACAAAUGACAACCAGGAGGAUCCCUGCACCUGCCAGCCAGUCUCUGAUUUGACUUCAACGAGGCGCGUUUGCAGCAGCAGCAGCAGAAGAAGCGGGACAGCAUCCGAGCAUCUCAGCGGGAUCACCUGUUAUUUUUUAUGGAAUUUUCACUUUCUUCUUUUUUUAGGAUCAAUUCAUCCUAAAUACUAGGAAGACUCUGUUUUUUGUGGACUACAUCAAUCUCUGCUGUUACUUUUUCCCACCUAAGAAGACAGUUAUGACACAUUUGACAUCUCACUCCGAGCUGGCAGCAACACAAGGAAGCAGAUUUGAGGAAGACUAUCGGUGCUUUUAACAAGAUCCCCCCCUACCUUACCCCACCUCUUUCCCUCCUUCCUGUUACCUCUUCUUAACGAUUUAUUUAGUGGUCCGUCCUCCUGACACUGUAUCCUAUUCAACAAGGCAAUGAAUGAAGAGCACUUCUUGAGCCGCUGCCAGUAAAGUAUCCAGUGUUCACAAUGUGUCGAUGCGUCCACCUGUCUGGGAAUGAAGAAUUGGCACUAUUGUAAAAACAAAUAAUAAUAAUAAUAAUAAAGACUGAGAACAUGUUGGAGUUGUUAACAUAGGCUGUCGCGCAUUAUGUGUGCAGAGAUCACAGUAAAUCUUCAAACCAACAUCGCUGCUUUGUCAUCGUAUAACACUCUUGGACGUCAAUGUCGGUGCCGUGAGAUGCGCUGCGCUUAAAGCUUACUCUGUGUCAAGAAGAAGAAGAUAAAGAAAAAAAAGAUGAUAUUGUUUCGUAAAUUCAGAGUGUUGAUACUCAUGGUGUUCUUGGUAGCGUGCACCAUGCACAUCAUGAUAGACUUGUUACCGAAACUAGAGAAGCGAGCGGCGGGAGCGGACAGCGGGGACGGCGGCUGUCAGUGCGCUCACCACCCGGGCGGUGAGUCGCAGGGCUGGGGGAAGCAGCGCGCCAGGUCGGCGGCGGAAGCGGGCUGGCCUAACAAGCACACGCUGAGGAUCCUGCAGGAUUUCAGCAACGAGCCGAGCUCCAACCUCACUUCGCACUCACUGGAGAAGAUCACGGCAGCUGGGGACAGAGCGGAGUCCUUCAGGCGGAUGAGACCGUCGGCGGAGAAGGCGGACGACCACAAGCCGCUCAUCGGAGACGCGAGCGGGGGUCGGACCGUCCCUGCUGCCCACGGUGUCUCCCGACUGUCCGCUCUGUUUGAGCAUCCUUUAUAUAAGGUUGACCUUCCUUCUCUCACGGACGAUGACACUUUGUUUAACGUCAACACUGACAUCAGGUUUUAUCCCAGAGCAACAGGGAACCAAGGAUGGCACAAUGAGGAGGGGAACGAAGAGGAGGAGGAGUUCUCUCCAACCGGAGAGGUGACGGCAGAGUCUUACCCCAACUGGUUACGUUUCCACAUCGGCAUCAACCGCUACGAGCUGUACUCAAGACACAGUCCUGUGCUGGACGCCCUGUUAAAGGACCUGGUCACACAGAGGGUCACCAGCGUGGCCAUGAAAUCAGGAGGCACCCAGCUGAAGUUGAUCAUGACUUUUCAGAACUAUGGACAAGCGCUGUUCAAGCCCAUGAAGCAGACCCGGGAGCAGGAAACCCCUCCAGACUUCUUCUACUUCUCCGACUUUGAGAGGCACAACGCUGAGAUUGCCGCGUUUCACUUGGACAGGAUCCUUGACUUCCGGAGAGUGCCCCCAGUGGCAGGACGACUCGUCAACAUGACGCGGGAGAUCAGAGAUGUGACACGUGAUAAGAAGCUGUGGAGGACCUUCUUCAUCUCGCCAGGUAGAAAACUCUGCUUCUACGGGGCGAGGUGCUCGUACUACUGCUCCACUGGGAGGCAUGGCUCUGUGUGCGGUAAACCCGGACCGAUAGGAUGGCUCUCUAGCAGGGGCCUUCACUGCCAAGACCGCUGAAUCUGGCCAAACGCCAAGACCUGGAGGAACCCCUGGAGACGCUCCUACCACAAACGCAAGAAAGCAGAGUGGGAGGUGGACCCAGAUUACUGUGACGAAGUUAAGCAGACUCCUCCAUAUGACCGAGGCACUCGACUGCUGGACAUCAUGGAUAUGACCAUCUUUGACUUCUUAAUGGGUAAUAUGGAUCGACAUCAUUAUGAAACUUUUGAGAAGUUUGGAAAUGAUACCUUCAUUAUUCACCUAGACAACGGAAGAGGUUUUGGAAAACACUCCCAUGAUGAGCUGUCCAUCCUGGUGCCUCUCAGCCAGUGCUGCAGGGUGAGGAAAUCCACCUACCUGCGUCUGCAGCUGCUGGCCAAAGAGGACUACCAGCUGAGCUCCCUGAUGGAGGAGUCUCUGCUCCGUGACCGACUGUCCCCAGUCCUCAUCCAGAAUCACCUCAAGGCCAUGGACCGCAGGCUCCGGCUGGUGCUGCAGGUCCUGGCAGGCUGCAUAGAGAAAGAAGGCUACGUUAAUGUCGUGGAGGAAGAUCUAGCUGGGGACACAGCCACCCACAGGAGCCCAGGCCACAGGUAGUGAGGGCGAGACUUGAGGGUGACAGAAAAACCACCAGUGACAAGUGAAAAAUGGACCACGUCUGUGGCUGUUGGACCCAUGGGACUGUACCAAGAGUCCCACUUCUGAUAUCAAGCUGAAUUCAGUGAAUUCCAAGACUUGCCAACAUUGCCUCUAAGGAACCUGCAUUUAAGUGUGUUUAUAUAGAAGAAACUGUCCACAGAUACCAUGAAAAGACUGUGCUCAUGCAGAGGCUUUGUAUUUGUUAGAUACAGAUGUAUUUUGGUUUUAUCAGAUGUUGUAUAAGACAUAAAGGAACCACUGCUGUGUUCUGAUUUUGUCCUGUUUGUUUUGAAUAUGGAGGGUUUGUUUUAUGUGUUUUAUUAUAUUAGUACAUAACCAAAUGAGAACUUUCAUUGACUGGGCAGCCUAUGGUCAGACAAUAAGCUUUAUCAGUUAUCACAAUGUAUGAAAAGGUUGAGAAAGUGUGUGUAAGUUUUUCUUUUUGUAAAACAUGUCAGUUUUCACAUUCUGUCAGGCCUGACACAAACAACCUACAACCAGGAGGAUAAGAGUUUCCAAAUAGUGUCUCUUUAUCUAUCUUUAUAAGCUUUUUGUCUCGGCACAGACUUGGAACAGACCAACUGCAAAUGUUAUUACAUACUUCUGAACAACAUAGAUCUGAGUAUAUCGGAGGCUGUAGUCCAAACCGUACCUUCACUUUGCCUUAUUCUGAUUUUCAUUUUUAUUUUUUUACUUUCCCAUCUCCCCAACAGCUAAACAACAACACUAAAAUAGUAUUUUCCAAUUAAAAAAUACUCUAAAUGCAAAGACUGGAGACAGAGACAAGUGAGUGUUCAUUAGAUGGUGUGUCAGUUCAUUCAAAUGCACUACCAUUCUUACAUGCAGACCUGAAACAUUUAGAGCUGCCUGCUAUAACAUGAUUUUACACUUUAUGCAAUGCAAAAUGUUACAGUUUGUAUGUUGAUUCAUUUUUAUGAGAUUUCAUUUCCAAAUGACUAUUUAUUGGUGUGUCACACAGAAUGAGAGUGGUUUAAUAAAUUCUAGUUUUGCAUCAUGUUGCUUUAUAUGUUGGGAAAUAUUUACCAUAGGUACCUUAGCAUUUGGAUACUAUUUAAAUUGACAUUCCUUUGAGUGCUGUUUUUAUGUUCAGAUGAAAGAAAAACAACAAAGCUAUUAAGCUAUCUGAUUUUGAACAUUAAGUUGUUGAAGUGGUGCCAUGCAAUUUUCCAAGGUUUCCUCCUAAGAGUCCUGUGCACUGGCUGACCCGGUACCUGUGCAAUGACAGAAAUACAGUACUUGAAUGUUUUUGGGUUGGCAGUAUGGACAGGAUUCAUAGAGCUACAAACAGUGUAAAGCCUGAGUGGCUGGACUCAAGUCUUAGAAGUGCUUUGGGGGAGAUAAAGGGGUUAAAAUGCCUCAUCCCACUACUGGGAUAACCUCGGGCACUGUUCUUUGAUUUUCAUAUUCUCAGUGUAAAUACCUAUAAAUACUUUGAAGACCUAACAAGCUUCACCGCACAGUGAUUUGCUUCUGUUUUCUGCUAUUGCAUUGUUACUGUGAAGAUCUGUUUACUAAAUGAUUAAAGUGUGCAAUAAAAACAAA